UUUUCUAUCUACUAAAUAUCGCUCAUUUCCUGUCAUUUUUAGAAUAAAAUUAAUUCAUUGAGUUAGAUAAGUAUACAUUCUAGUUCAAACUUCUCCUCUGAGGUUAAUGGGGUUUCCGUAGUGCUUCAAAGGGGGGGAAAACCACGGUUAAUCUUAAAGGCUCAAACAUUCAUCGACACGGUAGGUUAUUACUAACCCUUAACCGGAAAAUUUAUACAGUUUUCCAUUCACUUUUGAUUGAAUCACAAGUGUCAAGGAAACAUGGCUGCCAAUAUGUCCUUCAUUUUUGUUUGCUUAAUAUUCAUUCAUCUAGUUUAUUCAGGAUUACCUUUUAGAUCCAAAAAAUUCAACAGGCAAUCGAAAAGUACAUUGCGGAAUUACCAAACUGAAUUCUUUAACGAGGUUUUCCAAGACCAUUGGGACCGUAAAAUGAGAACUCUUGAUCCAAAAGCAAAUAAGAGUUUGUCUGCUACUUGUGACGCCAAAGCAAUUGCUGCCGAAAACAGGAAUGCAAAAUGCAAACCGCGUCUUUAUGUUGUCGCCUUAGAAAAAUUUGAAGGUUUCAAGAUCGAACCGAGUCAUGUAGAAGUCAUGCGAUGUAAUUAUAGUAAAUGUAGCAGUUCAGCCCAACAUUGUCUACCAUCAACAACUCAGAUGCGAAAACUUUCGGUUUACGCACUUAAAGAGCCCGCCCCGAAAACGAAGGAAAAUCGUUCGACAACAUGUAUGCAGAUGGAAGUCGAGGAACACGUCAGUUGUAAAUGCGGUUGUCUGAUUAAGCCGAAAGAUUGCCACAAGCCUGCGAUCUACUCUAAAAACAACUGUCGUUGCGAGUGCCCCAACAGGAGCGAGGCCCAUACGUGCGAGCAAAACGGCUUCAAAUGGAAUCAGUCUAUUUGUCGAUGUAUCCAGAGCUCACCACUGUCUACGGAAUGAGGUCAAACUAGACCCAUGUUCUAUAGAGAGAGAGAGAGAGAGCUAUAUCAGGCCCGAGGCCUGGGGACCGACGCCGGUUAUACAAUCUUUUUAUUUUUCCUUUUUCCCAUAUGGGCUGCCUACAAAGUCUGUCUGUCGUAAGAGUCUAAAAAAAAAAGGAAAAAUAAAUAGAAAUAAAUUUAGUCCUUUUUUUAAUAAAUAUUAUUUUUUUUGCCUACGUGUGCACUGUAUAUGUGUAACUAUAUAUACCUUUGCAAAAUCUCUUGAGGACUUACGAAAUUCAACGACGUCGUCAAUGUCCAUUAAGCAGCUUGACUAAGUGUAUCGUGAAUAACGAACUGAACGCCGACAGGAGAAAAUCCAUCCGCGUUCUCUGUGUACACGUAGAAGAUCAGGCAAUUUCCGAAUGGAUUUACGGUGGUUGAUGUUAUCUCUUUGUUGGAGAGAAAAGGGGAUUUCAAAACUUUUUUCUUGUGUGUGUGUGUGUGCGUACCGUGUCCGUGUGUGUAAGUUGUUACCACCGUAAAUGGAGGUGCUCGAGGGGGCGAUGUCGACGCGCAACUUUCACUUUUUCUGAAACAGCCCCAGGCAGUCACCUACAACAGACUUCGUGAUCCGUCGGCGUACCAGUCGGAUAUUUUUGUUACAAGACAAGGUUUUGUUGUUAUUUCCAAAUAAAAACGAAAUUCCAAAAGACGCAUUUUUAUGAAAAUUCACCGAUAUAUUGGUCAUAAAAUUCAGCGUGUAACAAUUUUUUGUGUUUACCAAGUACAAUUUCUGUUUUAAUCUUUUUUAUAGAGAAUUCACACACACAUACACACAAAAUACAGAGGCGUUCAAAUUCAGCCAAUGAAACGUAAGGUAGACACAAUAUUUUCGUCAAUGUGUAACAUGUUUUUUUUGUUUUGUUUUAAUUCUUAAUUUUUUUUUCUAAAUCAAAUAAAAUUUUUCCCCCCUGACCGCAGAACAAAUUUGUAUUUUUAUUUUUAUUUUAAAGAGCCGACAUUGGGCGGCUUCGUCACAAGAAUUACUAUUCACGCAGAAAAGGGAGAAAAAUCGACAUGGGAGAAUUAAAGAAAAAUAAUAAACAGUUUCGUGUGUGUGUUACAUGAUAACAGAGAGGAUUGCAUUCCGGCAGAGAAGAAGAAAAGUCUGGCAGGACAAAUUUUCUUUUUUUUUUUUAUAUAAACGCAAUGGAUUGAAAUUGAAACAUUAGCGCGCGCAAAACCCAACUCUUUUCCUUUUUUUAACCUAAUUAUUUUUAAAUAGUCUUUUGUAUGUCCAUCCCCAUAAACACUGGUUCACACAUUCACACUAACCGCCAUAAUAAGCGGGAGGGAGAAAAAACCGACACGAACCGACAGAGCGGAAUGAAAAGAAAAAUAGAAAAAAAAAUAUUAGAACGGUCACAAUAGAGAAAGAGAGAGAGAACCCAAUCGAAAGAUUUAAAUUUUUUUGUGUGUGUUUUUUUUUUGUUUGUAAUCAAUCCCAUCGCCCACGAAAAAAAAAAAAAUUCUUUAAAGGUAAAUCAAUGUCCCAAGAAGAUAAACAGACCACAUUUUGGUUUGUUGCCUUUUUUUUCCCCGGCCGUUCAUAUUGAAACUGGAUCAAUCCCAGCUGUGUGUGGAUUUGGAAUGUAGCCACACUACAAUAGCCAAAGAUUGGAGAAAGAAAGAAAGAAUAAUAAACGUACACACACACAGAGAAAUACAAAAAA